GUGGACAAAUACUCACUUUCAUUACCUCCAACGUCCUUCCUGAGGUAUGGACGUGGGAUUAAAACUAGUUGUAUCUUGGUGACUCUAAAAUCAGGCUGAAUAUCUCCUAUUUGUAUGGCUACUACUUGCAUAAGUCUUGACUAAUACUGUAGUAGAUUCAUAUCGAGGCAAAGCUAAAAGAUUCUUCGGAAAGCUGUACGUUGGGGUGUUAUACGAAAAAUAUAGAAGUAUUCUCAUAUCGAUGCGCAUCAAUUUUCUGUAACAAGAUAAAACUUUUCUUAUCGGACUCAUGAGUCUUUCGCUCCCUGCUGAAACAUUGAAAAAACACAGAAAGUUUGAAAACGCUGUGACAAUGUAUCACUUGCUGAAAAUCUUCAUCAAUUUCUCUCAAUUAACUGGUCGUUUGGUAAACUACUUAUUUCAGAGAAAAACCAAUGGCUACUUACUUACUUCUGUAAUGAAACAAACGACGGAUGCUGGAUUACUUUGCCUGCCUUCCAAAAAUUAAAGCGCCUUUUCUGACAACCGGGUCCCUCCAUUUCUACUUCGUUGUUUAUACUUUUUUAUCCUACUUUCUCAGUGUUAUAUCUGUACGCUAUAUUUCAAUUUACGUCAAAGUUCGUCGCAGUCGUCAUCCUCAACACCAUGUUGCAGAUGGGCUGAAGGAAAGAAGACUGACGAGUACAUUAUUUCUAUAG